AGCGGUGUGAAAUAGAGAAAUUGGAGGAACGUAUAGUGCAUAUUCUAUGCAAGCUUGAAAAGAUCUUUCCUCCUGCCUUCUUUGAUAUAAUGGUGCACUUGGCCGUUCAUUUGCCACGUGAGAUUAUUCUCGGAGGACCCGUGCACUUUCGGUGGAUGUAUCCGAUUGAAAGGUUGUUUCACAUAGCUAAUAUUUGCUAAUGGACAAUAAUUUUUUUUUUGUAUUUAAUCUUACUCUUACCUCAUUUUUGCUUCUAGGUUUCUAGGGAAAUUGAAGAGGUUUGUUUCUAAUAGAGCUCGACCAGAAGGUUCAAUCGUAGAGGCUUACAUUGUCAAGGAGUGUAUAACAUUUUGCUCAAUGUAUUUGGAUGGAGUUGAAACAGUGCAUAAUCGACCCGAACGAAAUGAAGAUCUUGGUGUACGUCGCCAAGGGUUGACGGUAUUUACAGGAACAGCUCGUCCUAUUCUCCCAAUCACUAGAGAUGGUCAGAUGUCACAAGAACUUCGUGAUAUUGCUCAUUGGUUCUUGUUGUACAAUAGUCCGGAGUUGGAGAAGUAUUUAGAGGAACACAAGAAUUUGUUACCUAUUCAAGCUGGAGAAAACAUAACUCAGAAGCAACGAAAAGAAUUUCCCAAAUGGUUCAAAGAUCAUAUGAAUAGAUUGAGAGUUGAAGAGUCACCGGAGGCAACUGAUGAGUUGUGGUCGUUAGCGAAUGGUCCUAAUUUGUUAGUGAAGGAGUAUUCUGGUUGCAUAAUCAAUGGCGUAAGGUUCCACACAAGGGAAGUAGAUGAUCGUCGAACGAGUCAAAAUAGUGGUGUGCUUGUAGUUGGCGAUCACGAGGGUGAGAUGCAUGACUUUUAUGGUCACUUAAGCAAAGUUUGGGAAUUUGGAUACAGAUGCAGUAAUAAAGUUGUAUUGUUCCAAUGUGAAUGGUAUAACACUGGCAACACUGGUAGAACCAGAACAAUACGAACAGAUGCACAUUGUACGAGCAUUGAUGUCACAAGUCGGUGGUAUCAAUCUGACCCUUUUGUUCUUCCUAGCCAAGCGAAGCAAGUCUUUUACCUAAAUGAUACUAAAUGGGGUAAGCCUUGGCAAGUCGUGCAACAAGUCCAACAUAGGGGAAUGUUUGAUGUUCCAGAAGUUGAUAAUGACGAACCUAGGUAUCCCAUGGAAUGCGAUGAUGCAUUCCAACAAGAGAGCAUUACCUCGGUUGUUCCAGUCGAUGUUGAAGCUGAAGUUCAUUGUCAUAGGGAUGGUGCUGAAGACGAAGUUGUGUUGGGGAUUGGGCCAUUAGAUGAAACAAUAGAGGAGAGUGGUGAUGAUGAAGACGAUGAAAUACCUGAUGUGGAAAUGGAUCCUGAUAUGGAUUAUGAUAUGUAGUUAUGUUUUUGUGUAAUGUGAUAAAUGUCCUUAAAGUCAUGA